UGUUCCCCGGGGCGAGGGUCCCGCUGCCUGGCCGGUAUGGAGCUCCCGGGGCUGGGCGAGCACUGCUCGGAGCGCACCUGCAAGCAGUUGGACUUCCUUCCUCUGAAAUGCGAUGCAUGUGGGGAGGUCUUUUGUAGAGGUCACAUCCGGUAUGAUGACCACAAGUGUAGCUCUGCCUACAAGAAAAAUGUGCAGGUUCCAGUGUGUCCGCUCUGUAACGCACCUGUCCCAGUACAGAAGGGGGAAAUACCAGAUAUUGUGGUUGGAGCCCACAUGGAUAAGGACUGUAAAUACAAUCCAGCACAGCAAAAGCAGAGGAUCUUCACAAACAAGUGCUUAAAGCCAGGCUGCAAAAGGAAAGAGAUGAUGAAGGUAGUUUGUGAACAGUGCGGUGGCAACUUCUGCAUAAAACAUCGGCAUCCUCUGGAUCACGACUGUAAAGGGAGCAGCCACCCCACCUCCAAGGCAGGAUACGCAGCUCUGAUGAGAGCCUCUCAAACUGCCUUCAAGUCAACAGGAGCAAUUGGAGUGCCAUCUAAUGGGAGUAUUCAGCACAACAGAUGCAGAUAGUAGAGGCUCUUCACAUCUGGAUCAAACCUCUGUCUACUUUAAUCUUGUCUAUAGCUCUUUAAAAUUUUCUAUGCAAUUAACUUAUUUUUGUAUCAUAAUGUUUUAUGCAUUCAAUAAACUGUCACCCUUUCCAAGCCAA